AUGCAGCUGCUUCGGAGCGACCUGUAUGUAGAGAAGAAAGCAGGCACUGUCCGCCUGCCAUGUUGCCUCUACUCAUUGCCUCCGCUCUCGCGGCCCACCCAGACCCUCGCGUACGAGCAAACCCUCGGUUUCAACAGCGCUCCUAUUGUCGAAACGCGCUCUCUUGACCAGAUCUACCAUGCUGCAUUGGCCGAAGGCGGCGUCGUCACCAUGUGGCUCGGCGGCGACGAGAAGGGCGACGAAGACGCCGUUAAGAAAGAAUUUGAAGGAAAGUUUCCUGGAAUGAAGCUUAAUCUCACCACCGAUCUGUCAAAAUAUCACAACGGCAGGUUUGACGAGCAGUUGGCUGCGGGGCACGUGUGGGAGGAGCAGGGUGCAUUGUUACACUAUGCGCCAGUCGGUUUCGACAAGAUCUACCCGCCGAUGAGGGAUGUGCGCGCGGCAUACUAUGGUAUUCUGACGGUAGGGUGGGCGGGCAAGUGGAACACCGAUAAACUGCCUGGUAUUGCAGCGCCUAUUGAGUGGGAGGAUUGGUUACGGCCGGAGUUCAAGAACAAGCUUGUUCUGACAUAUCCUAACGACGAUGACGCGUACGGCAAAUCGUGGUUCGAACGCUUGCUCCAGCAGAAUCCUCGAUGGGUCAGAGGUACCCGCACACCUGAUACCGUCAUGCAAGCCAGCAACAGUUCGUGGGCUGCCUCAUUCACGUCAGAUGGUUUAUUCCCAACGUCAAACAUCAACGUCAGCCACCCCGUGCAGGGCUCCUUCGUGACCUGGUUCCAACUUGCUGCCAUCCCCAAGGAUGCGCCUCAUCCCGAGGGAGCCAAGUUGCUCCACAACUACAUGCUCACCAAAGAGUGGCAGGCAACUCGCGGUUCUUGGCCUGUCCGUAGCGAUGUUGCGCCUCCAACUGGCUAUCCUGCCAUCUUCGAAAUGCCCGGCACGAAUAUUACGUACUUUCGCGAGUGGAUGUCCGACCGGGCUAAGGUUGAGAGACUGAGGACUUGGUUUGAGGACAAACUUGGUUCGGCGCAGGGACUUAGUCCGCUUAUUGAUGGAAUCUAA